AUGAUUAUUAGAAAACCAGCACAGGCGCCACCGCCGAGCAAACCAGCAACGAAUUCGCAACCAAACAAACCAGCAACGAAUUCUCAACCAAACAAACCAGCAACGAAUUCGCAACCAAACAAACCAGCAACGAAUUCUCAACCAAACAAACCAGCAACGAAUUCUCAACCAAACAAACCAGCAACGAAUUCUCAAUCACACAAACCAGCAACGAAUUCUCAACCAAACAAACCAGCAACGAAUUCUCAAUCAAACAAACCAGCAACGGAUUCUCACUCAAACAAACCAGCAACGAAUUCGCCAAAACCUACAAGCAGCGCAGGAAAAUCUACUGGGACAACAAACUCCAAUGAAGGCAACUCCAAUGUAGGCAACUCCAAUGAAGGCUCCAAUCAAGAUAACUAUGGUUCUUCUAAUACACAACCUUCACACAGCGCCCUUAAUUCGCCAGAAAAUAGCAAAACAACCAAUUCUGAAGAGACUACUUCGUCAUCUAUUUUUUCAGGAGGAACAUCAAUUUAUUGGUCUUUUGAAGCUGAUGAUCGAUUUAAGAUGGCAUACACUUUAGCAUUUAUAGUUAGUAUGCUUUUGACCCAAAUUUAA